ACCCCUCCCCCCAAGCCAGUAUCUGCCCGCAAGGGUUUCGUUCGUUGCUCGCGUUUGGCUGGCCCGUAUGUGCGGUUUCGAGCCAAGGGAUGAUUUCAUCGUUGCUUUUGCGGCCGCGACGAGCUCUGGGAGUUGCGAGGUGGUUAUGCUGCUUCUAUUUGUGCGCAAAAUUAUAGGUAAACUAGGGUUAGCCUUUUUGGAAUCAGAAUCCCCUAAAUUCUACAUACGAAUCCCUGGAAAUUGGCCCAAAUUAUAGUUCAAAUUUGGUGGAGACGUGCAUUCAAACCAGCACGGGGGUUUUGCCUAGUUGUUGCUACAUGCAAGGUAUGCUUUACAGCCAGCCUGUGUUAGAUACAAGCGUUUUAGGCGUUUUUUGGUUCUUUAUGCAAAUCUGCAAACCUAAUCCUAACUUACAGCCAACAUUGGCAGCUAUUAGGCUAAUGCUAGGGCCGAGAUCCUCCAUUGCUUCUGACCUGUCAAAUUGACCAGCAGUUGUAUUAGAGUGUCAAUUUUUGGCCUAAAUUUUGCUUUACCACUUACUGUUCCUAUUCUGUUUUGUGCAAAAGUUGCAUCCACACUUUUAUUGCUCCUUCAUUGUUUUUGCGUUUUUUGACCUCAAUUUUUCGCUUUACCCCCUUUGAUGUUUUUUUCAAGUUAAAGUUGCUUCCACCUAGCCAAUUUUUCAGUUAAAAGGUGCCGCUCUAUUUCGUUUUUUGCUUCUUGGAGAAAAUAGGUAGUACUUCGUUCCGUCCCUUUUUGCCUGUAAUGCAUUUUCAUGUCCUUUUCAUUUUUACAGAAGGUUAAUUUUGCCUAAUUUUUGCUUCCUAUAACACUAGCCUGAAUUUGUUGCCAAGGUACUUGCUUCGUAUCAGAGACCCAACUUUUUUUUAGCAAAAGUUGCUUCCACCUAGCCAAUUUUUCGGUUAAAAGUUGCCACACUAUUUCAUUUCUUGCUUCGUGGAGCAAAUAGGGGGUACUUCUCUUGUUCCGUCCCCCCUUUUUGCCUGUAAUGCAUUUUUACAGAAGGUUAAUUUUGCCUAAAUUUUGCUUCCUAUAUCACCAGCCUGAAUUUUUGUGGCCCGAGUAGUUGCUUCUUAUCCGAGACCCACUCUUUUUGAGCAAGUAGAUGAAACUGAAUCUGUAUCCAACUAUAAAAGGGAAAGCCGAUGAUAAAUUCAUGCGUGCUUGGCUGAUUGUUGCAAUGAGCAGUUUCUUAUGCCCAAGCACAUGCUUAAGAGUCAGCCCACGAUGUUAUCCCUCAUUCAUCAAUCUGGAAGAUGUUGUGAACAUAAAUUUCUGCCAGUUUGUAGUUGAUCGACUACAAGUGGCUUUCAAGAAUCUGGGCGAUGAAAAGAACUCACUUCGCUGCUGCGUAUAUCUCUUACCGCUUCUACAUCUUGAUUCACUCAUCGUCGACGAGCCUUUGAGCAACUGUGCUGUCUGCAAUCAAGCAUGGACGACGCAAGCCAUAAAUAAAGUUGUCCAGCAAGAUAUGAUAGCAUGCCGAGUUUACGGGGAAACUGCAUUUGAAAGCACAAGCUGGACGUGGCAAUAGCGUUGGGGCGGCAACAGUAGGAUAAGGCCUGUUUGUGGGCAUCGAACAUGCCAAAAAAGUCAUUUCCUCAAAUUUGCCUGCUAACUACAAAGUAAAGAAGACAAGGAAACUUGCAGUUAUGGUGCAAGAGCUAUGCACAGGAAUCAGUGGCGGAUCCAGGUUUUUGAGACAGGGUGGUCCAAUGUGUAACCAGGUGGGGUUUCUACAAAUGGAUCUGUACAAAUGGCAGGAAUAAGGGCAGAAGAAAAUGGAAGCAAAAAGCAGGAGGCACAAUGCACUCGAAGGAGCAACAGAUUUUUUGUUCUGAGCUGCAGGAUCACAAAAACAUGCAACGCUAUGAUUCUACCUUCUUGGGGUGCCCAGAGUUAAGUGCCAUAUCAAAACCCUAAGGAACAUGAUCUGUGUUUUGUUGGGGAGAGGAAUUAAGCCCAGAGUUUAAGUGAUUUAUGCUUUACACAGCAGGGGAAGGGGGUGGGGUUGGCAAGAUUUGCGUUAUACCUGUAGCAAUUUUCCUGUCCUGAUUGGGUGGGGGAUGAACUCAUCGCCUGGCAGUUUUCAAUUCAUGGACGUAAGAAGGGCAGAGAGGAGGGAAUAGCGGCGCUGGAGAAGAUGGAAUCGGGUGAGAGGAAGAGCUUCGUCUCCUUUUCGUUUUUGCUUUUGCCUUUUUGCUUUGUUUGGAUAUAGCUUCUUUGCAUCCGGGCCAACUUUCUGAUCUAUCGGGCAAAAUCGACAGCUGCGGCAGGCAAAAAACACGUGCUUCGGUUGUUUUAGCGGGGCAGGACACGCGACGAGACUGGGGACCAAAACUUACCUUAUUUGGAAAGGGGGACAAAUACUUUUCUUUUUUGGCUGUGCACCCUUGGCAAGUUAGUAUAUUCAGCAGGGCCCCUAAACAGAUCUUCUACUCAUUUUUUAGGGGAUAGAGCCAAAAAAAAUGUCUUCAGCAGCCUCCUACUUGAGCCUUUAAAGUAGGAAAGCCCCUAGAAUCACUUCUCUUGCCCUCGUUCCUGGGAGCUCCCUGCGAGCCCCUAUCUCUCUAUUUCCCCCUCUCUCUCCUCCUCCCGCGUUGUUGUUUCUUCCCGCGCGCAUCGUCUCUCGUCCCGCCAUUUUCCCCGUCGCCACCAUCGCCCCCGCGCCGCGCCUCCGUCCUACUUCUCCCGCAGCGCCGCCGCCCUCGCCCCAACGCAGCGCCGCCGCCCGAGAUCUCCCGCAGAGCCGCCACCCUCACCCGCCCGCAGCGCCGCCAUCCUCGAUCUCCAGACGCGUCGCCGCCCCCGCCCGCCCUCCUCAACCCCAGCAGCCGCCGCCUCCCCUUGACCCUAGCACCUCCCUCGCCUCACCCCAACGUCGCCGCCCUCGACCCUAGUGCCGCCGCCUCCCCUCAAGCCCGCUGCGCCGCCGCCUCCCGCAACCUCCCAGUAGUGCCGCCGCCUCCAGCCCAUCUUCGUCCUCCACCUCCUUCGUCCCCCGGCCGAUCCUCCGCCUUCCUCGUCCCCUGCAGUACCGCUGCCUGAUGGAUGGUGCCCCAAUUUCCAAAGGGCGCCCUCGUGGUGCCAGCUCUGCUGGUGCCAAGCAACGCGCCAAAAAGUGAAGCAGCGAGGCCGCGUUCAACUCCAUGGUGCCGCCGACGCGUGGAGCUGAACCACAGCCACAGGAACCCCGAAGUGAAUCCUUUUUGAACAUGAUAGAUGAAGGAAUAGACAUUGAUGCAUUCUUAUUGUUGAAGGAGGUUGAAGAAGUUCCUCCUCCCAAGACUCAAAAAAGAUCAAGCAACUAUACUCAUGAUGAGGACAUCCAACUAUGCAAGUCUUGGAUCAACAUUAGCACGGAUGCCAUUGUUGGCAAUGAGCAGCCGGGCAAGUCAUAUUGGGCUAGGAUAGCUGAACACUAUCAUGAGAAUCGGACAUUUGAAUCCGAUAGGAAUGCUAAUUCUCUGGAGCAUCGUUGGAAUGUUCUUCAGAAAGAGUGCAUGAAGUGGCAGGCAAACUUUGAGCAAGUUGAGCGUCGCCAUGAAAGCGGCAUUCCAUACAAGGAGCAUAUGAAGGAACGUCAUGCUUUAUAUGCAAAUGGGGAGCCAAAGAACAAGUCAUUUCAGUAUGUUCAUUGUUGGCUAGAGGUGAGGCAUACACCGAAGUUCUUAGCUCUAGAUGCUGCCACCAAGAGAUCAAGAUCCACACCAUCUGAUGAGGUUGGAGAUGGUGAUGAUGAUAGCAACAGUCCCACUCCUGACUCAGCAAGGAAAGCUAGGCCAGUUGGAAGGAAGAAAGCAAAAGAGAUGAUGAAGAAUGCAGGUGAGGGUGGAUCUUAUAAGGAAGCGUUGAAAGAUCUGCUUCAGGUGAGGGAGAAAGAAGGGAAGAUGAGAGAGGAGAGAUGGAAGGAGGCCGAAGAUAGGCAAGAACACAAGCUAUCACUUGAGGAGCACAAGUUUCAAUGGGAGCAAGAACAACAGAUCAUGUUUUGUGAUGUGAAUGCAUUGGAGACGGAUGUGAAGGUAUGGGUCUUGGCCGAGGUCACAGAUGGCCGCGACAGCUGCAGCUAGGGCGGGGGGCUUGGGGGCGAGCAACUUGGGUGGAGAUUGCAUGACUUGGGGCUUUGGUGGAGAUUGCAUGACUAGGAGCUUCAAUGGAGGUGGCAAUGGCGGCGACACGAGCAAUAUCUGAUCUACAUGGUGUCUUUUGGUACUACUAUUUGUCAUUUUCAUGUUUGAAAAUUUUGGACUCGUAUUAGAAUUGUGUCGUUUGAAAUUAUGUAUCCGAAUAUGGUUGAAGUCUAUGCAUUUGAAUCAUAUAUGUUUGAAUUAUUGUGUAGUCAAACUACAUGUACAAGUAGAGUUAAUAUGAAAAUGAUGGUCAAAAGAAGUAGGGGCUGAAA